UUUUUUAAUCAAAGGGGGAGACAGCGGCCACGCUCUCCGGUUGAGCCGCCGGGAAGCCGGAGGAGAGGGGGAGAACAUGAGCGGAGCCAAAGCCCGCAGCGACGCGCCUGUUGCUGAAAAUGUCUGCGCCGGCGGCGGCCACGGCUCUGCCGCAGCUCCUGCGCGCGAGCGCAAACCUGGCGGAGGCGUCCUGAAGCGGCUGAAGUCUCGGAGGAGCCAGGCGGACAGCAGGCCCGUCACGGAGGAGGAGCUGCGGACGAGGAGUGGACACAUCUCUCCGGAGGAUGUGCUGGGACUGCAGCUAGCUACGAGAGGGUAUCUCUGUAAACCCAAGGACAACAUCUAUAACGUUGACUUUGUUCGCUUUAAGAUCCGAGACCUGGAGACCAGCACUGUUCUGUUUGAGAUUGCUAAACCUCCUCAUGCAGAUGACGACGAGGAGCACAGAGAGGGAGAUGCUACCUCGGGACGAUUUGUGCGCUACCAGUUCACCCCAGCCUUCCUGCGACUGAGGACCGUGGGAGCUACGGUGGAAUUCACAGUCGGGAGCCGACCUCUGAACAACUUUCGCAUGAUCGAGAGGCACUAUUUCCGUGAUCACCUGCUGAAGAGCUUUGACUUUGACUUCGGCUUCUGUAUCCCAAACAGCCGUAACACCUGCGAGCACAUCUACGAGUUCCCUCAGCUCUCUGACAGCCUGGUGCGUCAGAUGGUGGAGUGUCCUUACGAAACGCGCUCGGACAGCUUCUAUUUCGUCGACAGCAGACUGGUCAUGCACAACAAAGCAGACUACGCUUAUAACGGUGGACAGUGAUGGGGCAGCCACACUUCUUCUCAUAUUUACCAACUGACACGAACGCACACACACACGUGCACCGACAGCUACAGAUGUGUCUGAGCCGCCUCUUGCAUUUGUAAAAAUUAUUCGCCAGUCAUAAAAAAUUUAG